GCUCCCGCCACCGCUGCCCUCCGCCCGGGCUCCCGGCCCCGCUCGCAGGAGCCCAGGCAUGGCUGCCUCCUGCUGGAUGCUGACAGCUUUCUUUCAUCUUGUUUGCACUUCAAAUGUUGAUGUGAAAAAUGCACUGACCUUCAGUGGGCCUCUGGAAGACAUGUUUGGGUACACAGUCCAACAGUAUGAAAAUGAGGAAGGGAAAUGGGUACUUAUUGGUUCACCACUAGUUGGCCAACCUGAGAAAAGAACAGGCGAUGUCUACAAAUGCCCUGUAGGAAGGGACAGCCCAUCACCCUGCACAAAACUGAACUUACCAGCUUCUACUUCAGUUCCUAAUGUCGUGGAAGUAAAAGAAAACAUGACUCUUGGAACAACCUUAGUGACUAACCCAAAAGGAGGGUUUCUGGCAUGUGGACCACUUUAUGCUUAUAAAUGUGGACGUCUGCAUUACACAACUGGAGUUUGUUCUAAUGUCAGCUCCACUUUUGAAACCGUUGGGGCCAUUGCUCCAUCUGUGCAAGAGUGUAAAACCCAGUUGGACAUUGUCAUAGUCCUUGAUGGGUCCAACAGCAUCUAUCCAUGGGAGAGCGUCACAGGCUUUCUGAACAGCCUCCUGAGAAACAUGGAUAUAGGUCCUCAGCAAACACAGGUUGGAAUUGUUCAGUAUGGACAGACAGUAGUCCAUGAAUUUUACCUGAAUACAUACUCAACAACAGAAGAUGUGAUGGCUGCAGCCUUGAGAAUCCGCCAGCGGGGCGGCACGCAAACCAUGACAGCCUUGGGAAUAGACACAGCCAGGGAAGAAGCUUUUACUGAGGCUCACGGUGCACGAAGAGGAGUACAAAAAGUAAUGGUUAUUGUGACUGAUGGGGAAUCACAUGACAACUACAGAUUACAAAAAGUGAUUGAUGAUUGUGAAGAUGAAAACAUUCAGAGAUUUGCUAUUGCUAUUCUUGGCAGCUACAGCAGAGGAAAUUUAAGUACUGAGAAAUUUGUAGAGGAAAUAAAAUCAAUUGCCAGUAAGCCUACUGAAAAGCAUUUUUUCAAUGUCUCAGAUGAAUUAGCUCUUUUAACCAUUGUUGAAGCACUUGGAGAGAGAAUAUUUGCCCUGGAAGCAACAACGGACCAGCAGGCUUCCUCUUUUGAAAUGGAAAUGUCUCAAGCUGGUUUCAGUGCUCAUUAUUCUCAGGAUUGGAUCAUGCUUGGAGCAGUUGGAGCAUAUGACUGGAAUGGCACAGUGCUGAUGGUGAAAGACACUGGUAUUUCCAUGCCAACUAAUGACACCUUCCGUGACAGGCGUUCCGAGAGAAACGAACCUCUCGCAGCCUACCUAGGAUAUACUGUGAAUUCAGCACUGACACCUGGAGGUGUGCUGUACAUAGCAGGACAGCCACGAUACAAUCACACUGGCCAAGUUAUCAUUUAUAAGAUGGAAGGAAAAGAGGUGCAAGUGAUUCAGAGAUUAAAUGGAGAACAAAUUGGGUCAUACUUUGGGGGUGUUAUUACCACUGUUGACAUCGAUAGGGACUCAUUUACAGACCUCCUUCUUGUUGGAGCUCCUAUGUAUAUGGGAACUGAAAAAGAGGAGCAAGGGAAAGUGUAUGUUUACAGUCUGAACAAGACAAAGUUUGAAUAUCAGAUGAGUCUUGAACCCGUAAAGCAAACGUGCUGUUCACCAUUAAAGCAGGAUACCUGCAAAGUUCUUAAGAACGAGCCUUGCGGGGCACGCUUCGGGACCGCGAUCGCUGCUGUGAAGGACCUCAACCUGGACGGGUACAAUGACAUUGUGAUAGGCUCUCCCUUGGAAGAUGACCACCGGGGGGCUGUUUAUAUUUACCAUGGCCGUGGCAAAGCAAUCAGUAAAAAAUAUUCACAGCGUAUUGCAUCAGGUGGAGAUGGGGAAAAAGUGAAAUUUUUUGGCCAGUCCGUGCACGGACAAAUGGAUUUAAACGAUGACGGGCUGAUUGAUGUUACCAUCGGAGGCCUUGGCGGGGCUGCCCUCUUCUGGUCUCGUGAUGUGGCUGAAGUGAAUGUUUCCAUGCAAUUUAUACCUAAAAGCAUCAAUAUUCAGCAACAAAAUUGUCAGAUAAAUAUAAGAAAAACAAUAUGCAUAGACACCACAAUUUGUUUUAAGACCAGACUAAAGUCAAAAGAAGAUAUAUUUGAAUCCAGUCUGCAGUAUUGGAUUACCCUUGAUGCACAAAGACAGAUAUCUCGAAGCUUGUUCACAGAAAGCCAUGAGAGGAAAAUGCAAAAAAAUAUAACAAUCAAAGGGUCAGAAUGUACGAAACAUAACUUCUACAUGUUGGAUAAGCCUGAUUUUCAGGACUCUGUAAAGGUUUUGCUGGAAUUCAAUUUUUCUGAUCCAGAGAGUGGACCUGUUCUUGAUAGCAACCUGCCAAAUUCAAUAGCAGAAUAUAUUCCUUUCACAAAAGAUUGUGGAGCCAAAAAUAGAUGCAUUUCAGAUCUUGUUCUGAUUGUAAAAGCAAGCAUAGCUGGAGACAGCUCUUCUCCAUUCAUUGUAAAGUCACGCAAUGAUAAGUUCACCAUCCAGCUCUCUGUGAAGAACAAAAAAGAUAGCGCCUAUAAUACCAGAGUUUUGGUUCAGUACUCUCCAAAUAUUAUUUUUGCUGGCAUUGAGGAUAUACAGAAAGAUAGCUGUGAAUCUAAUCACAACAUCACCUGUAAAGUGGGAUAUCCAUUUCUAAAACCUGAAGAAGAGAUUUCCUUCAAAAUAUCCUUCCAAUUCAACGCAUCCUAUCUCCUGGAAAAUGCUACUAUUCAUGUAUAUGCAACAAGUGACAGUGAAGAACCACCUGAGACCCUGAGUGACAACAGAGGACAUGUUACAAUUCCAGUAAAAUAUGAAGUAGGAUUAAUAUUUGUAAGUGUUUUCAAAGAGCACCAUGUUAUAAUUGCAGCAAAUGAUACUGUCCCUACUGCUAUUAACACAACAGAGCAGAUCGGGGAUGAAGUUACUCUACAUUAUAGGAUUGAAAAAGGUGAACACUUUCCAAUGCCAAACCUCACACUGCAGAUCUUAUUUCCCAAUGUAACAGCUGCCAAAAACACUCUUCUCUACCUUACUGCAUUGUCACAUUCUCAGAAUGCCAUCUGCCAAAGUAGUUACCCUGUAGAUCCCUUAAAGAUUGGCACUGGGAAACCAUUUGUGCUGUCAAAAAUAAAGGAACCUACAAGGGAUACAAUUAUGGACUGUGAUACAUACAGCUGUGCCUCUAUUAAUUGUGCCCUGGUCCCAUCUGACAUAUAUCAAGUGAAUGUUUCUUUGAGAGUAUGGAAACCUACCAUCAUAAAAGCCAGUAUUCACAGCUUAACCCUUGUUGUGAAAGCAUUACUUAGGAGUGAGAACUCAUCACUGAUUUUGAGAAAUGACCAUCAAAAACUGGAGACCAUGAUCAAGAUUUCCAAAGAACACCCACCAGGUACAGUCCCCUUAUGGGUUAUCCUCCUGAGUAUCUUCGCUGGACUCUUGAUUCUUGCAUUGCUUAUAUUUGCUCUGUGGAAGGCUGGAUUUUUCAAAAGGCCAUUAAAGAAGAAAAUGGAGAAAUAAAAAAAAAA